AUGGAGCGGCAAAAGAUCGCGCUGAGCAAUUUUUUGCUCGAGAUUUGUCCAGCCCUCCUGAACUGCAGCCGGCCGUCUCUGCAGUCGCUGCUGGCGAAGGAGGGCGACCACACGCUGCACACGUUCUUGAUUGACCAGCAGCAGCAGGUCCUCGUGGUAGGGCGCGAACCCGUCUCGAAGCAGAAGCCAGGCAAGUCGGGUUCUGGAGGCGCGGCUGGCGCAGGCGACGCGGCGACGGCGCCGGGGGGGGCGGGCGAGGACGGCGCGGCCGCCGCGCCCGCUCUGGAGGAGAACGAAGACGAGGAAGACGAGCAGUACCGUCUCUUUGUCGACCUGGGUUUCGCCGCGCACUCCCUGGGACGCGCGAGCUCGGUGGCCUUCCUCAAGCGACCAGGUUUUUCCCUCGAGGAGCAGACGGCGCCUGCCGAAGGCGACGGCGGCGCGGCCGCGCAGGACGGCGGCGCAGGCGGGGCGACACAGCGCAAGACCAUUGGUCAGCAGCUCGCGGUGCUGCGCUGCGGCUUCGGCGACGACGGCGAGUCCUCGCUAGACGUCACGCAGCUCUACAUGCAGCGCGGCUUGGCGCCCAUGCUGCAUGUCGCUCUGACGCAGAAGGACUUGGAGACGGGCGCCGGCGCGCAGGCGGGCGGCGCGGGCGCGAACGGCUCGAGCGCAGGGCCGCAGGCCGGCGGCGUGGGCGGGUGCGAGGAGAGCGGCGAAGGGACGGCGGCGGCGAAGGUCGCCGCGUCCAGCGUGCACCAGACGGUCAACAAGAAGAUGGCGGAGCUCCUCAUGGCCGUCCAGCAGGCGCAGCAGAACGUGGAUAUUCCGCUGAUUCAACUCGCCGUCGACCCGGUGAUUGAAGAAGCGGUGAGGCGCGCGCAGGCUGAAGGCCGCCGAGCCACUGUCGAGGACAUCGGCGAGAAACUCCACGACACUGGAUAUCUCAUCGCACUCCAAAACCACGUCAACCGCUGGAUUAAGGACAUCCAGAAAGUCUGCAGAAUGCAGAGGGACGCGAGCACAGGCAGCGCGGCGGAGGAAGUGAGCUACUGGGUGGGUAUGGAGCGGGCGAUAUCGCACGUGGAGGAUCAGCUGAAGACUCCUGAGGCGGAGUUGACGCUGCAGGUGCUGAAGCAGACGAGGAAGGUCUUUGCGACGAUGACUUUCGAGCAAGACGCAGGCCUCAAGCAAGCGUCGGACAUGGUCGCGAACGUCAACGUGUUGAUUCGCGACUUCCCCGUGAACGACCUCCUCGGCGCUACCUCAGUUGAGCAGCUGACGCAGGCCGUGCGAACGGUCUUUAUGCAUCUGCGCAAACUGAAAAACGCGACGCAGUACCCUCUCUCGCGCGCGUAUCAGCUCGUGGAGGCGCUCUCCAGAGACCUGAGUCAGCAGCUCGUCAAUGUCCUCUCGCAGCAGAACCUGCUGCUCCUCGGCUAUGAGGAAUUCGAACACGCCACAGGCGGGUGCACGGAGUUGUUUCGCACGUGGGAGGAAGAAGUGCGUCAGUUCAAAGAGAUGGUUCGCGACCAGUCGAAGAAGCGCGGGCUGUCGGAGCGGCCGCCGUCGAAGUUGAUUUGCGAGCACUUGGUGCUGCAGGAGCGGAUGGGCGAGCUGCGGCAGUUCCGGCGGCAGCACCACCGCCUGAAGGAGGUGAUUUCCAAGGUCCUCGCCUCGAACGCGGGCGGCGACUUGAGUGCGCAGAAGGAGGUGGCCGGAGCGUACGAGCUGAUGCAGACCGUCGACGUGCUUGACGUGAGCCGCACGGGUCAAGAGGCGUGGGAGGCCGCGCGGAAGGCGUACGACGACCGCAUCGACCGCGUGGAAUCGCAGAUCACGGCGCGGCUCCGCGACCGCCUCGGCGCCUCGACGACCUCCGGCGAGAUGUUCCGCGUCUUCUCGCAGUUUAACGCGCUCUUCUUCCGCCCGCGGGUCCGCGGCGCGAUCCAGGAGUACCAGACGACGCUCAUUCAGCAGGUCAAACAGGACCUGCGCAAGCUGCAGGCGUCGUUCCUCGACGGCCACCAAAAGGUCGAGACGCUCACGAUGGCGGAAGUCCGCGACAUGGCGCCGGUGGCUGGCUCCAUCGUUUGGGCGAAGCAGCUCGAGCGGAAACUCGAGGGCCUCGUCGGCCGCAUCGAAGACGUCCUCGGCCGCGGCUGGGAGCAGCACGUGGAGGGACAGAGGCUGCGCCAAGACAUUGACGCCUUCAAGGCGCGCCUGAGUCAAAACGAGCUCUUUGACUCCUGGCUCCGCGUGGUCAAAGAUGAGAAACGGCUCGACGCCAGCGACCGCAUUUUCGUCAUCCGCAUCAUGGGCGGCCGCGGCCUCGAACUCGACGUCAACUUCGACCCCGAAAUUCUCGCCCUCUUCAAGGAGGUGCGCCUCCUGAACACACUGCACUUCCGCAUUCCGUACUCGGUGAAAGUGAUGGCGGACGAGGCGAAGGUGCUUUACCCCUUCGUGACGACGCUUCGGGUAGUUCUGCGCACGUACACGGAGGCCUGCAACAGCAUCGAGUUCAGCAACGCGCGCGCCGCGCCGGCAAACAUGCGCACCAAGUCGGGCGAGUCGAUCAUCGCCCUACUCGUCGCCGCCUACCAACGCGACGCCCAGCAACGCCUCGCAGAGGGCAUGACGCUUCGCUGGGAUGCAGACAGACUCGAGGCCUACGUGCGGAAACUCGCGGACGUCGUCUACAGCUUCGAGGGCAAGGUCGAGCUCGGCCUCCUCAGACACGCAGACGCCCUCAAGGACAUCGAAGCCAUUCGCAGCGUGCCUCUCGACGCGCCGAAGGAGACGCUGCAAGAAAUGUUGACCGAGGUCCAGAAGCAGAUCGAGGAGCAGCAGCUGCAGCAUUUUUCGAAUAUUCAUCUGUGGGCGCGCCUGCUGGAUCGCCACGUCGAGUUGAUUCUGCGCAGCCGCGUCGUCGACCUCAUCAACGAGUGGGUUAAGCAGUUCGAGGCCUGGCCCAACGCUGGCACCACGCUGAUCAAGAAACCUGCGAUGCUGGAAAUUCAACUGCGCAACCAAGUGCUGCAGGUCUUCCCUCCAGUCGAGGCAGCGCACCAGUUUUGGAUGGGCGAGUUGCACGACGCGAUUGCGUCGGUCUGUCUGCUUCCGCGGCUCUCGGCCCGCUCGGGCGUCGUCGUAGACAACCUCUACUCCGAGAGUUCUGACGACGAGGAGGACGGCCGGCAGGCGGGAGGCGAGGCGGCGGAGGUGUCUCUCGCGCGCAGAGUGCGCAAAGAUCGCACCUACCGACACAUCGCGACGCAGCUGCUUGAACCCGCAGUAUUCUUUCGCGCCUACGACGUGAUCAACGUGCAUGUACAGAAAGUGAAGGCAUAUGUGCAGACGUGGCUGCAGUACCAAGUGCUGUGGGACGUGGACGUCAGCGAAGUGAUCGGCCGUCUGUCUGACGAUAUCGAGACCUGGCAGCACCUUUUGAACGAAAUCAAGGCAGCGAGAAGCACCUUCGACACGCACGAGAGCCGCGAAGACUUUGGCGCCACUGUUGUGGAUCACAAACAGGCCCAGUCCAAGCUGAACAUAAAGUACGACGCGUGGCACCGGGAGAUUCUCCACGCAUUCGGUCAGAAAGUGGCGUCGCGGACGGAGGCGUUUUUCAAGCAUUUGCACACGCUCUUGACGGAGUUGGAGGAGCAGGGCAAGGCGGAAGAUCCGACUGAGACAACGAUUUCGGCUGUGACCUUCUUGUCGAUGUCAGAGUUCCAGAUGGAGGCGUUCAUGAACGGCGUGGGGGCGCAAGCCGAGGAGUUGCUUUCCUCACUGGUGUCGAAUUUGACAAAGUUUUUGCUCAAGCUCCAGGAAGCCUCCAAGGCGGACGUCGCCUGGGAUGCGACGGUGGAGAGUCUGCGGGCGAGCGAGCGGCUGCUGGAGCGCCAGCGGUUUGCCUUCCCCAGUGACUGGCUGUGGAUCGACAAGGUCGAGGGCGAGCUGGAGACCUUUCAGCAGCUGCUGCGGCACCAGGUGCUGCUCGUGGAGCAGAACCGCGAGCAGAUCGUCGACGUGGUGCGGCGCUACAACGAGCGCGUGCAGUACCGCCUGAAGCACCUCUACACCGAGUGGAUGACUCACCGCCCGGUCAGCAGCGACGUCGCGCCAAAGCAUGCCAUCCAGGUGCUUGCCACCUACGAGACUCAACUCGCGCAGCUCGCGAAGCAGUACGAAUUCGGGCUGAAGGCGAAGCAAGUUCUCGGCCUCGAUGACUUCCAGAGUGCCGACUCCGAGCACUUCACGCCGCAGAACCUCGAAGACGAAAUCAAAGACAUGAAGGGCGUCUGGAACGCUCUCGGCUCGCUCUUCGCCGACGUCGCCUCCCUCAAAGACACGCCCUGGGCAAGUAUCGUCCCCAAGAAAGUCCGCCAGCAACUGGAGGAGCUCAUCGAAAAAAUAAAAAAAAUCCCCUCGCGCUUCCGCCAGUACGACGCAUUCGAGGAAAUGCGCAACCAACUCUCCGCCUAUCUCAAACUCAACAUGCUCAUCACCGACCUUCGCACCGACUCCCUCAAAGACAGACACUGGAAACUCGUGAUGGGCGUCCUCAAAAUAAAAAAACCCAUCCAAGACGUCACCCUCGGAACCCUCUGGGACGCCGAACUCGUCACCAAUGAGGCUGCGAUUCGCGAGAUCCUGGUGCAGGCCCAGGGUGAAACGGCGCUCGAGGAAUUCUUGCGGCAGGUGAAAGACUCCUGGCAAGAGCGCGAGUUGAUUUUUGUCCCCUACGGCACGAAGACCAAGUUGAUUAAGGGCUGGGAAGACUUGUUUCAACUCAUCGAGGAUCAGCUGGCGGCGCUGCAGUCUAUGAAGAUGUCUCCGUACUUCAAGGUUUUUGAGGAGGAGGCGCUGACGUGGGAGGACAAGCUGAACCGGUUGCGUAGUCUGCUCGACAGCUGGGUGGAAGUCCAGCGGAAGUGGGUGUAUCUGCAAGGCGUCUUUACGGGCUCGCAGGACAUCCCGAUGCUGCUUCCACAGGAGCACCAGAGAUUCAAGGGAAUCGACCAGGACUUCAAAAACAUCAUGAAGAAGGCCUCCACCAUCAAAAACGUCAUGGAGGUUGCGGCGAUCGACGACCUUGGUCGGCAGUUGGAGCGCCUCUCGGACCUCCUCUCGCGCAUUCAGAAGGCGCUGGGCGAGUACCUUGAGAGGCAGCGCGAGCAGUUUGCGCGAUUCUACUUUGUCGGCGACGAGGAUCUUCUCGAGAUGAUUGGAAGCGCGCGAGAUGUGAAGGUGGUUCAACGUCAUGUCAACAAACUCUUCGCUGGCAUCGCAGUCCUCGACACCGAUCCAGAUGAUCCCACAGUCAUCGUCGGCAUGAGCUCGAAGGAAGGCGAGAGUGUGCCCUUCGUGACGACGAUUCCGAUUAUGCAGUAUGCGUCGCUGAAGGACUGGCUGGCGGCAGUUGAGCAGCAGAUGGUGGCGACGCUCGCCGAGAAUCUCGCAGCGGCGAUCGCGGAGCUGCAGCGGGUCGACAUGCCCAAACUUCUCGCAGAGGGCGAGGCCCCAGAAGUAGUGACUGAUCAUCCGUUCCUGAAGUGGAUCGCGGCCUUCCCGCUGCAAGUUCUUCUUCUCGCGCUGCAGGUCUCGUGGACGCGGUCGGUGGAAGAGGCGCUGCAGCAGCGCGGCGCCGACGAGAAUCCGCUCGCCUCGCGGGUGCUCACCUACACCGUCAACCUCCUCGGCUUCCUCGCAGAUCGCGUCGUCAUGGACGUCGGCGUCACGGUUCGCCAGCGCAUGGUGCAAAUCAUUACCGAGCUCGUCCAUCAGCGAGACGUCUGCAGAGUUCUUCUGGAUCAAAGCGUCGAGAGCAAGGACGACUUCCGCUGGCUGCAGUACAUGCGCUUCUACUUCACUGCGCCGGCCGCGAAGGCGCUGCCGCAACACUCGCUUCGCAUCGCCAUGGCGGACGCGACUCUCUCCUACGGCUUUGAGUACCUCGGCAUGGCUGAGCGCCUGAUUCAGACGCCCCUGACUGACAAGUGCUUCCUCACGCUCACCCAGGCGCUCAACAUGAAGCUCGGCGGCAACCCGUUCGGGCCUGCAGGUACGGGUAAGACGGAGUCGGUGAAGGCGCUCGGGACGGCGUUGGGACGCUACACGCUGGUGUUCAACUGCGACGAGACGUUCGACUUCAACGCGAUGGGGCGGCUCUUCGCCGGUCUGUGCCAAGUCGGCGCCUGGGGGUGCUUUGACGAGUUCAAUCGUCUCGAUGAAAAAAUUCUCUCGGCUGUCUCGGAGCAAAUUCUCACCAUCCAGACGGGUUUGCGCGAGGGGAGGCCGACGAUCGAUUUGUUGGGCAAGAGCGUGAAGCUGUCGACGAAUGUGGGUAUCUUCGUGACGAUGAACCCGGGCUACGCGGGGCGUUCGAAUCUGCCUGACAACUUGAAGCAGCUCUUCCGCGAGAUCGCGAUGAUUGUGCCCGAUAAGCAGCUGAUUGCGCAGGUGACUCUCUUCGCGCAGGGUUUCCGCUCCGCGGAGCGUCUGGCGAGCAAGAUCAUCUCGCUCUUCGACCUCUGCGACCGGCAGCUGUCGAAGCAGCCGCACUACGACUUUGGGCUGCGUUCGCUCAAGUCUGCGCUCAACUCAGCCGGCAGUCUGAAGCGCCAGUGGCUGCAAGAUCGGCUCGCAGGCGCGGGCUCGGGCGUCGAGAACGAGGAUCCGGCGGCGGUGGCGAAAGUUGAGGAAGAUCUGCUUCUGCGCUCGGUCUGCGACACCGUCGUGCCGAAGCUCGUCGCGCAGGACGUGCCGCUGCUGCGCAGCCUGCUUGCGGGCGUCUUCCCCGGCUCAGACAUCUCGAUGCUGGAGGAGAAAGUUCUCUGCGAAGAGAUCGAGCGCCUCGCGGCGCUGCGCCACAUGCACUGCCGCGGCGAGUGGAGGGAGAAGAUUCUGCAGCUCUACCAGAUUCAGAAGCUGCAGCACGGCGUCAUGCUCGUAGGUCCCGUCGGCACAGGAAAGAGUGCCGCCUGGCGCGUCCUCCUCGAUGCGAUGGAAACCGUCGACGGCAUAAAGGGUCACGCGCACCUCCUCGACCCCAAGGCCGUCCCCAAGGAGCAACUCUACGGCAGACUCGACUCCACGACCCUCGAGUGGCAAGACGGCGUCUUCACUGCAAUCCUCAGAAAAAUUCUGCAGCAAGUCGGCCCGACCAUCGCGCCGAAGCGUCACUGGAUUGUGUUUGACGGCGACGUGGAUCCAGAGUGGGCGGAGAACCUGAACUCGGUGCUGGACGACAACAAGCUGUUGACGCUGCCGAACGGCGAGCGGCUGCAGAUCCCGAGCAACGUGCGGCUGCUGUUUGAAGUCGACACUUUGAAGCACGCGACGCUGGCGACAGUCAGUCGCUGCGGCAUGGUGUGGUUUUCCGACUCGGUGCUAGAGGUCUCCACGCUCUUCCAGCACCACCUCGCGGCGAUCAAGUCGGGCGGCGUGGAGGCUGCGGCGCAGGGUCGCCAGAAGAAGAUGGCGCGCGGUGCUUCGCUGGCGCGCGGCGACGAAGAAGGCCCCAGCGCGGAAGACGAGCGUGAAGCGCUCGCGGAGCGCGAGGUGGUGAGGACAAGCUCCUCCAGCCAGCUGGACGGCGGAGUCUUCGGCCCCCCGCGCAGCGUCGGCGUAGGCAACGCGCACCUUCGCGAGCUCGCUGCGGAAGUUUGGCGGCCGUACUUUGAGAAGGACGGAUUCGCUUGCCAGGCGCUCGAGUGCGCGAUGAACUGCGAGCACAUCAUGGUGCCCACGCACGUCCGCCUCGUCGAGAGCACCGUCGCCCUCCUCAAGAAAGGCAUCGCCAAACUCGCUGAACACCAAACCGAAAAGAAAAACGAAGGCGUGGAACCCGACGACGACGUCGCUCGCAGCUUCCUCGUCAGGUGGCUGCUCCUGGCGCUGUUGUGGGGCUUUGGCGGAUCGAUGUCGCUGGCGAAUCGCCUUAAGUUCGCGAAGGACGUGCAAGAAAUCUCUCCCGUGCGCCUGCCUUCGGCGCUCGGGUCUGACGACGGCGACGGCGGCCGAGAUCUGACGCUCCUCGACUUCGAGCCGGGCGUCGACGACGGCGAGUGGCGCCUGUGGAAGGAGAAGGUCAAGCAAGUCGAUAUCGAGCCUCACCAGGUGACAGACGCGAAUCUUGUUAUCCAGACGGUGGACACUCUGCGCCACAGACACGUCGUCGAGGGCUGGCUCGAUGAGCAGCGACCCUUCAUUCUCUGCGGGCCUCCAGGGUCGGGAAAGACAAUGACGCUGACGUCGGUACUGAAGGAGAGAACUGAUUUCGACAUCGCCUUCCUCAACUUCUCCUCAGGCACGACGCCGCAAGUGCUCUUGAAGACGUUCGACCAGUACUGCGAGUUCACCAAGUCUCCGAACGGCUGCGUGGUGAUGCGGCCGACGCAGCCGGGCAAGAAGUUGAUUGUCUUUUGCGACGAGUGUAACUUGCCGCUGCCGGACAAGUACGGAACGCAGUCUGUGAUCACCUUCAUGCGGGAGAUCACCGAGACUGGAGGCUUCUGGCGGCUGAUGCCGCAAAUGGCGCAGGGCGGAGGCCCCUGGACGUGGGUCAGGGUCGAGCGCGUCCAGUUCGCCGGCGCAUGCAAUCCGCCCACCGACGCAGGAAGACACCCCAUGAGUGACCGCUUCCUCAGAUUCGCCCCGCUCCUCUUCGUCGACUUCCCUGGAUCCGAAUCCCUUCGGCAGAUUUACGGGACUUUCAACCGCGCGAUGCUGCGGCCGUAUCCGAAGCUGCGGGCGCAUGCGGACGCGCUUACGGACUCGAUGGUCGACUUCUACUCGGAGUUCUCGCAGUCCUUCACAGUCGACACGCAGCCGCACUACAUCUAUUCGCCGCGCGAGCUGACGCGCUGGAAACUAGCGAUGGCGGAGGCGCUUGAGGGCGGCGGCCGCGAUGCGGGGCUGGUCAAGAGCGCCAGUCGAGCGGUGUGGGGCGCCGAGAAGGGCGAGGGCACUUUCUUUGCGCAGACGAGCAUAACCGACGGCGGCCGCGACGCGCAACUCGACCCCGAGGAAGUCGACGUGAAGAGUAUGGUCCGAAUCUACAUCCACGAGGGCCUCCGCAUCUUCUCGGAUCGACUCGUCCACGAGGCAGAACGCCAAAAAACCGACCAAAUGAUCGACCAAAUCACCCUCAAGCACUUUGAUGGAAUUGACUCUUCGGUGCUGCAGCGUCCCAUUAUUUUUACUUCCCUCGUGACGCGUCGGUACGAGGAAGUCUCGCGCGACGAGUUGCGGGCGCUGCUGCAGGGCAAGCUGCGCGUGUUCAACGAAGAAGUCUUUAACGUGCAGCUCGUCUUCUUCAACGAGGUGCUCGAUCACGUAACGCGAAUCGAUCGCGUGUUGCGGCAGCCGCUGGGGCACCUGCUGCUGGUUGGCGCGUCGGGCGCGGGCAAGACGAUUCUGACAAAGUUCGUGGCGUGGAUCAAUGGGCUCUCGAUCUUCCAGAUCAAGGCGGGGCGGAACUACAACACGGCGGCGUUCGAGCAGGACUUGCGCGUGGUGAUGAAGCGUGCGGCUAUCAAGGAGGAAAAGAUCGCGUUCAUCCUCGACGAGAGCAACGCCUUGGGGCCAGCCUUCCUGGAGCGCAUGAACGCGCUGCUCGCCUCCGGCGAAGUCCCGGGCCUCUUUGAGGGCGACGAGUAUACGGCGCUGAUCAACGAGUGCAAGGCUGCGUACGGCGCCGGCGAGUACCUCAGCAACGAGUCCGGGGAGAUCUUUGCGCGCUUCACGCGCCAAGUGCAGCGCAAUCUCCACAUCAUCUUCACGAUGAACCCCGCGAACCCCGAGUUCUACAACCGCCAGGCGACCUCGCCCGCGCUCUUCAAUCGAUGCGUCAUCGACUGGUUCGGAGACUGGCACGAACGCGCGAUGCUCGAGGUUGCCAAGGCCUUCACGGCCCCCCUCAUGCUCCCCCCCGAGGGAUUCGAGGCCGACGCCGUCGUCGGCGUCAGCGAAACGAUCGGCGACGUGCAAACAGCCGCUCAGGUCCAGGCUGAAGACAACCCAGUCCCGCUCGACCCGGACGACGAGGCGCGCCGCGUGCGUCUGGCGACGUCGAUUGUGGCUUUCCAUGCGGCGGUGGCGCUGAGCAACAAGAAGCUGCAGCGUUCAGGCAAGAAGAGCAACUGGAUGACGCCGCGCGACUUCUUGGACUUUCUGCACCACUUUGUGAACUUGGUUGGCGAGAAGGCGGACGCGACGGGUGAGCAGCAGCGGCAUUUGCAUGCGGGGCUGCAGACUCUGCGCGUGGCUGAAGAGCAAGUCGCGGAGAUGCGCGCGGCGCUGACGGAGAAGGAGAAAGUGCUCACUGAGAAAAACGAAGAGGCGGAGAAGAAGAUGGGGCAGAUGGUGGAGCAGCAGUCCGAGGCGGAGGAGAAGAAGCGCGGCGCAGAGCAACUCGCGCGGCGUUUGGAUGAGCAGACGGGCGUCAUCGAGGAGCGGCGGCAAGUCGUGCAGAAGCAGCUCGCCGAAGUCGAGCCGCUGCUGCUGGAGGCCGCCGAGGCGGUCACGAACAUCCCCAAGAAAAGCUUGGACGAGCUCAAGUCGAUGGCGAACCCCCCCGCAAUGGCCAAAAUCGCCGUCGAGGCCGUCGCGGUGCUCAUCACGGACGCCGGCGAUAAGCCGCUGAACUGGGACGACGCGCGCAAGGUGCUCAAGAAUCAGGAUUUCAUCACCAAAGUCGUCAACUUUGACUGCAGCAACAUCUCCCCGGUGACCCGCAAGCGCGUGCAGACCAAAUUCAUCCACGGCGGCGAGUGGGACUUGGAGAAAAUCAACCGCGCGAGCAAGGCAGCAGGGCCGCUCGCGAAGUGGGUGGAGAGCAGCGUCGCCUUCGUGACCAUUUCUGAGCAAGUGGACCCGCUGCAGAAGGAGAUCGAAGUCCUCGAAGUCGAGGCGCUCAAGAACAAGGAGGAACUGCUGCAGCAGCAGGAGCUCAUUGGGCAGCUCGAGGGCAAGCUGCAGCAGUAUAAGAAGGACUACGCGCAGCUGAUUAGCCAGGUCGAGUCGAUCAAACGCGAGAUGGAGGACGUGCAGAAGAAGUGCGCCCGGUCGAUGCGCCUCCUGCAAAACCUCAGCUCUGAGAAGGGCCGCUGGUCUGAGCAGUCCGACGCCCUCCAGCAAGCGGGAUUCACCUUCGUUGGCGACUCGCUACUCGCCGCAGCCUUCUGCGCGUACCUCGGCUUCUUCGAGUACGCGCAUCGCCAGAAACUCGUCGACGAGUGGCGCGGCAUCCUCAAAGUCGAGCGCGUGCGCUACCGCGCCGACUUGUCCUUCGUGGAUUUCCUCUCGCUGCCGUCGGAGCGGCUCAACUGGGUCGCUUGCGGCCUGCCGCCUGACGACUUGUCGAUUCAAAACGCGAUCAUUCUGAAGCGCUUCCUGCGCUACCCGCUGAUCAUCGACCCUGCCGGUCAGGCGACGAACUUCCUCACGCAGCUGAUGGCCGCGAAGAAGCUGACGAAGACUUCCUUCACCGACCAGAACUUCCUCAAGGCGCUCGAGUCCUCGCUGCGCUUCGGCACAACCAUGUUGAUUCAGGACGUGGAGAAAGUCGACCCGAUUCUCAACUCGGUUCUGAACCGCGAGACUCACAAACUCGGCGGACGCGAGCUUAUCACCGUCGGCGACGCGGAAAUCGACUUGUCGCCGGCCUUCCUGCUGUACCUGGCAACGCGCGACCCGACUGCGCAGUUCACGCCGGAUCUCUGCAGCCGCGUGACGAUUGUGAACUUCACGCUGACGCCCUCGUCUCUCGUCAACCAGUGCCUCAACUUGAUCUUGAAGAGCGAGCGUCCCGACGUCGACAAGCGCCGCACCGACAUGCUCAAGCUCCAGGGAGAGUUCAAGGUGAAGAUCCGCGAACUCGAAGACGGCCUGCUGCAGGCGCUCUCCAACGUGAAGGGCAACAUCCUCGACGACGACGCGGUGCUUGCGACGAUGGAAAACCUCAAACAGCAGGCCGCCGAAGUCGAGCACGAGGCCGCACGAACCGAAGACGUCAUGGCUGAAGUCGAAAAAACCAGCAACAUGUACCUGGUCUGGGCUCUCGCCGCGGGGCGAAUAUACUUCAUGCUUCUCAACCUCUCCGUCGUCUCCUUUCUCUAUCAAUACGACCUCCGCUUCUUCCUCAGCAUUCUGAGCGACACGCUGCGUCACCCCGACUUGGAGAAGGUCGGGGCGAACGACUACCAGGCGCGUCUGGACUUUUUGAUGGAGAAGUUGUUUUCGACGGCGUAUCAACGACUGGCGCCGGGCUUGCGCUACGCGGACCGACUCGUGGUGGGGUUAGAAAUGACGCACAUCCGCGCGGAGAUCGACUUGGACGGGUCCGUCUCGAGCGCCGAGCUGCAGCUGCUGUUGGAGGGGACGAUUCUGAAGAGCAACGGCGAGGGCGAGGCGGAGGGGUUGAAGGCUGAAGAGCGCCGCGAAUGGACUGAAGACCUCGACGGCCUGAUCAACGUGGAGCAGAUGAAGGCACUGCAGAAGCUGGCGAUGCUGCCCUUCUUCGCAGACCUGGAGGCGCAGAUGCAAGAGAGCAGGGCCAAGUUCAAGGCGAUGGUCCAGAGUCAGGAGCCGGAGAAGGCCAUCCCGGCGCAGCUCUUCGCUGCGGGCGCGCAGGCCGACGACGCGGGGGGGGAGGACGUGGCGUUUGGCGUGGGCAGGAAGAUGACAAAAAGCAGGUGGUUGCGGUCGCUGCGCGAGGUGUUGCUCGUCCGCGCGCUGCGCCCAGACCGCGUCUCGCUGUUGCUCUCGAGUCUGGUCGAGGCAGUGCUGGGCGAGAACUUCCUCGCAGUUCCCGAGUUGACGCAGGCGACGUUCUACGACUUGAUCAAAAACCAGGCCGCGGCGUCUGUGCCAGUCGCGCUCGUCUCCUCGCCAGGAUUCGACCCGAGCUCCAAGGUGACGACUCUCGCUGCGGCAUACAAGCAGGAGUUGACGUCGAUUGCGAUGGGAAGCAAGGAAGGCUUUCUGCUGGCUGAGAAGGCGAUCGGGCAUGCAUCGCGCCAGGGCCACUGGGUGAUGUUCAAGAAUGUCCAUUUGUCCACCAAGUGGCUCCACGGCCUGGAGAAGCAGCUCUACCGCAUGCAGGGCGUGCAUCCAAACUUCCGCAUCUUCCUCACGAUGGAGGCGACACCUGCGCUGCCGCUAAACCUCAUGCGCGUCUCUUACACCUUUGUCUUUGAGCCGCCGUCGGGAGUAAAGGCGUCUUUGCUUCGCUCCUACGCACUCAUGAACGCCGAGAACAACGCCACCCACGCAGCGAAGAAGACCGCAGGCGGUGCCGGCGCUGACGCGGGCGUCAUCGUCGAGCGCCCACCCGUCGUCGCGCGCACGCGGCUCCAGUUCCUACUGGCCUUCCUGCAUGCCGUCGUCCUCGAGCGACGCAGGUACGCACCGGUCGGCUGGUGCAAAAUGUACGAAUUCUCCGACGCCGACCAGGUCUGUGCGCUGAAAAUCAUCAACUCCUGGGUCGACGCCGCGGCCGCCAUCGGCAAGGGCGGUGUCCCAGGAGACGAGCGAAUGAUGAACGACUUCGUCGCACCGGAGAGACUCCCCUGGGACGCCAUCCGCACGCUGCUCAAACAAGUCUGCUACGGUGGCAGACUCGACAACCCCGUCGACCAAAAGAUUUUGAGUUCGCUGGUGGACUACCUCUUCCAGCCUGCGGCUUUCGAGGCCUCUUUCCCGCUGAACAUCAUGGCGGGCGUGGAGGAGGCGGAUCCGGUGGCGGACACGUCGUCGCUGCCGCUGCAGCUGUGCGCGCCAGACUUGCUCAAACAGGCGGCAGCCUACGAGGCGUGGGCUGACCAGCUAUGGAGCGUCGACAGCCCGACGUGGCUGGGUUUCUCAGCGCACGCUGAGCGCCUCCUCGCGACGCGGCAGUCGCUGGCGGCGGUCGGCGCUUGGGCCUCGGUGCUGCUUCGCGGCAACGAAGAGGCGCACGACUUCCAGGCAAUCGCCAAGCAAGGCACUGCAAUGGCCAGCGCCGCCAGCGGCCGACGCGAGCGCGAGGCGGACGCCGUCGCUCGCAGCCUCACCCGGCAGCUGACGCAGCAAAUGAGCUCCGAGGUGGGCGGCGUCCCUGGAAGCUCGUGGCUCACAGACCUCCUCCCCGGCGUCAAGGCCAUCGUGAAGAUGCUGCCGCGGACAGUCCCUGAUCUCCGCCGCACCGAAGACACUGUCCGCGAUCCCAUGUUCAGGUGCUUCGAACGCGAGACCACGGUCGCGAGGAGACUUUUGGCGACGAUUCACGAUUCGCUUGCGCAGUUGAUUUUGGUUUGCCAAGGCGAGACGAAGCUCACAAACGCGCUGCGCGAUCUGGCGCAGCACAUCAGCUCGUCGCAGGUGCCGCCUGAUUGGCGCAAGGUCUUUUCUUCGGCGCCCGAGUUGACGCUGGCGGAGUGGGUCGAGGACUUUGGGCGACGGCUGAAGCACCUGAUGCUGGUCGCGCGGAGUUUCGGGCGGGACGCGGUCGAAGAGACAGCUGGCGACGCGCCUGUGGAACCCGCGGAACUCAGGGCAGCGCUCACGCGCCAGUCGGAUGGCGGCGAGAUCUCGCAGCGCCGAGUCUGGCUCGGCGGGCUCCUGUAUCCCUCCGCGUAUUUGACCGCCACCAGGCAAGCCGUGGCGCAGGCCAAGGGCUGGUCGCUCGAUGACUUGGCGAUGGAGGUCCAAAUCGGCGUGAGAGAUCCUGAGGACGACCAAUCCUUCGUCAUCACCGGCGUCACCGUCGAGGGCGCGGCGUGGGACGCACAAGGGAGCUGUCUCGCUCUGACGGACAGCCUGAAGGCUUCGGUGCCGCCAGUGGCGAUGCGUUGGUGGCACAAGGACGAGGGCCCCAAGUUUGCGUUUGCGAACAAGAUUCCGCUGGACAUUCCGCUCUUCCUGAACCACUCGAGAACGGAGUUGGUGGCCUUCUGCAAACUCCCUUUCCCGCAGGACGUCUGCCCAGACGCCUGGGUUCAACGCGGCACGUCGCUCUUCUUGUGGAGUGACUUGUAA